GACUCCAACCCAGAGGCUCUUGCAUUGCUGUGCCUGGAGCCCUCCUCCCGCUGCUGCUGCUGCUGCUGCUUCUCUGAGCUGUUGUGAGCUGGUUGCUUUUUCUGUGUGUGGAGUCACCCACCUCUAGGAGGAGGAUUGCAGCCUGCUGCAGUCCCUCCUGGCAAGGCAAAAAGUUUAUUUGACUUUAUAAAAAAGAGAGAGAAAGAGAGAGGAGAAGAAAGAAAGUGACGUAAAAACAUCUUAAAGAGCUCUUUGGCAGCAGAUUAUCUGGGAAUCGGACCAUGUGAGAAGAAGGGGUGUACAAAAAGACAGUCCCCGGUGCAAAGUGACCCAUAGGAUCCAAAGCAAAUGUAGGUGGGAUUGGUGAGGCCGGCUUGGAUGAGCCAGUGCAGGAGAAGCGCUCCUGAAUCCGCUGGGACACACCAGGUAUUUUACGCUUUAUUCUCUCCCCCCCUCUUCUAAAUGCAGAUGCCUAAAAGUGCCCUGUUUGGUGAUUAUGAGACAGAAGCUGGGGAGGGUCUUUUCCUUCGCCUUCCCCAGCAGAGCUAAUUGUGCUUUUGCUCAUCUUUUUCGAUCUUGAUUUUUUUAAAAACACAAAAACCUGAGAUGGCAACGGUAAUGCACACCAAAAAAAAAGAGUCUGUAUAUAUUUGCAUGAGAGGCUUUUAUGCCCCUGCUAUACUUAAAACAGACAGUCAGACAGUGAAAUGUUCCUGCAACUCCAAGGGACGGGGAUGGGGGAAGGACAGGGACGGGGACAAGGGAGCCUUUUGAAUUUAUUUAUUUAUUUGUUGCUGUUUCAAGUUUUGCUUGAGUUAAGAAUGUGUUCCUUCCUCAGCUUUUCUGUCUGUACAUGCUUGCUAUCUCAGUUAUUAGUGUCAGCUCUGAAAGACGGGUGAGCAGCGUGUUUCAACCAGCUUUUGACUGAGUGAUCGGAGCAGCCCUUAGCCGUACUGCAAGAUGCAACCUCCUUAUUUUAGAAAGAGGGCAGGAGGGAGAAAAAGUGUGCUUUAAACAAAAAAAAUAGCAGGGACAAGACAUUUCAAACAAGACCAACGAUCCAGUUAACUUGGGUGCCUUGCUUUUCAUGUUGGUUAAGACAGGACAAACCGCCGCAGCUUACCUGGCAGUUUACUGAUGUCAAAAUAUUUCAUAUUUUCACAACACCUCUCUCACUCACACACCUGGACAGGUGAGAGGGGUAUGUGGGUGUCCCCCUCCUUAUAGAGCAAAUGGAAGGAGCUUAUUUUGGUGACAAGUUAACAAUGCUUCCCUUGAACUGGACAGAAGCGAAACAAAUUUCACAACAUGCAUGGGUCUAUGAAAAUUACAAAUGUGGUAUAAAGUGCAGGAUGACGGGCGCUUUUGACCUCCAAGGACAUUAAAAAGAUUGGGAAAGCUGAAAAGGAGAGAGAUGCAGCAGAUGUGGAAAUAUCUGAAAAUAUGUUCGGGGUUCUUUUGUUUAUUAAGACAGUUGCAAAGACAUAUAGGUGGCUCAUUACAGCACAGGCAACCAAGGACGGGAUGCUGGCCCCGGGGGCCAUACAUAGGCAUGAGGGAACGAGGAAUGUCACUGUGCCUUCUUAGUUCCGAUCUGCUCUCAAGGAAGAGGGUCAUCAAAAAAUAAAUAUAUCCCCUCAUUCUGUUUCUGACCUGUUUUUAGGACUUUGGAACCCGGUGGGCUAAUAUAAAAGUGAUUCCUAGUACACGUUCUCACGUUCUUGGCAUUACAGUGCCAUGCCUCUUGAUAGCACAGCUUGGCUCUGCCUCUCGUGGGGAACCAGUUGAAAAUCUGUGAAUCAAGCGUACAUAUGCUACCGUGACUUUAAAUUUAUAAAGGACCAGUCCAGUGCAGGGAAGGGCUGUGGCUCAGUGUGUAGAGCAGAUGUAGGAAGUCCCAGGUUCAAUUCCCAGCAUCUCCAGGUGGAGAGCUGCUGCCAGUCAGUGUAGGCAAUACAGAGCUAGUUGGUAGUUUCUUUUGCCUUGGCAAAUCUUCCAUGCUCUUUUUUGCAUUGUGUUUUAAAUGGAAACAGGAGUGUAGACCAGCCUCCCCCAACCUGGUGCCUUCUGGAUGUUUUGGAUUACUACUUGUAAACGGCCUUGUGUAUGGUAAUAUAGAAAGGUGGUAUACCACAUAAAAGUGAAAUGAAGCUCUCAUCAGCCUCCAGAAGUGUGCAGGGUUUCUGGCUCAGUUUUCCAGCUGGAGAAUAAGCUGCCUUUGAGAGCGUUAGGCGCAAAUGCACUUGACAUUUUGCUGGGUGUUCACUUAGGUUAAGGGGCAACAAUAUGCAAGCUAUUUGAGUUUCACAAAGCUCUGCCUGAAGAAGAAUGCUGUGGAAUGCAAAAGCUCGUACACGUGCUUCACUAGCUCUCGAGGUACAAGGUAGGUUUUGAAAGAUGUAUUAAAUCACAGCAGUGGUAGCCUGAUUCAGAGAAAUGGUCACCACCGCAGAAUCCUCUGCCACAGAACGAGGAUCUUGGCUUUAGAUGGCUUUAAAGGGUCACACGAUUUCGUGGAGGGGUAAGACUGCAGAAAGCUGAGAGAUAGGAUAGCCAAGUGGAACCUGAAUGCACGGAGGUGGUUUACCUCUGAGUAAGUUUCUGGGAAGCAACAGCUGGAAAGAGGGCUGUUGCCAUCAUUUCCUAAUUUGUGGGCUUCCCAAUGGAGCCUCUGGUCAGCCACUGUGGACACUGGAUGAUGGAUGAGAUGGGUCCCCUUUAGGGACUGAUCCAGCUGCAGGAGGACCACUGUGUUCUUACACUAGAUUGUGCCCGGCACUUGGAGACAAGCAGAAGUGUGUGACUGCACAGGCUUCUAAUAGGUACUUUGUUCUGUUUAUUGUUAAUUAAUUAAGAGUGCUGCAGAACUUAACGAGAUAUAACCUGUGGUCUUCUUGGGAGAAACGGUUCAUAUUCUCACAGUCCACAUUUAUUUUGGUCCUUGCUACAAACAACAGAUCUUCCAAGGCAGAACAUUUUAAAGUUUGUUUUCUGCUGUGAGGGAGCCCGUCAAGAGCUGGUCUCCCUCAAGCUGCGCACGGCUUGAAUGUGAAAAAUAGCGAAAAAAGGUCUUUGCCCAAAGGAGUCUGGAAUUUCCACAGAUUCGUCAGGAAUGCAGACCAUAAUAAAUAACAAUAACAAUAAACAUAGACUCAAUUGUGGAAAAUUGAAGGUUUGUGCUUUUCUAGACAAUUGGCUCCGGAGCUUGUUGUUGAAGCUGGGAAGAACUUCAGAGACUGUUUUUGUUCUGACUGGGAAGCUAUGAUUGACCCCCAAAAGAUACUAAAAACAAGCUUUAAAACACGGCUGGCACUUAGCACACAGGCAAAAAGCCACCGCACCCCAGUGCAUCUGAAAUGUAAGGGCAGACGAGAGCGGAGGGAGAGGAGAGAGAAAGAGACAGGCUGAAUGAACAAGUCUUCACAAGCGUAGCAAGAAUGAAGUGGGAAAUGGUUUCAUAAAUGGACCUACAAUCUUCAGGAAAAACAAGGUUGAGGUCAAGGAAGACUUCUUAGAAGUGAGGAGAGGGAAAGAGAAGGAAGUAAUCUGAGCCAAAGUUUUGGAGUGGCAGAGAAGCAUGACCCAGGGUCAAUGAGGUUUGCAUAGGGCUGGAACAGAUUUUGAGAGCAAAUCCCAUCCUUUGGGUUUUAGAUGGAAAUGGUUGGAUGCCUCUGCCUGAAUCCAGAACGUGGUUCUUAAAGGUUGCUAUGGGGUGGAUCCUUCUCUCUUUUAGGGGAGGUCCAUAACUCUCUGGUAGCAGCCUCUGCUUUGCAUGCCUAACAGCCCAUUCACCCCCAGCACCUCUAGUGAGAAAGGGACCAGGGAGCAUGUGAUGCGAGAAGACUCUUCUCUGCAUGGGGAGCCACAGCCAGUCAAGAGUAGACAACAUUGGGCCAAGUGGACGAAUCACCAGAUCUGGUAAUAUGGCGCAGAAUGGUCACAGCUCAGAGGGCAGAGUGUAUGCUUUGCAGGAAUAAGGUCUCUGCUUUGAUCUCUGGUCUCUCCUGUUAAAAGGAUAAGCUAGCAUGUGAUGGGAAAUAUCCUCUCAGACUAUGAAGCCAGACAUUGCUAGCUAGAAAGACCAAGAGCAUGACUUGGUAUGAAGAGAUUGCUCUACAGCUUCCAUCCUGUGACAUUGGAGGGGUCACUUUAUUGCACAGACUGUAGCCCAGGUAGGGAUGAAUGUAUUUGUCUAUUUCUCUUAGUUUCUCAUUUUUCCAGCCUAAAAUUCUGUUCUCCAUAUUUCUGCGUUAACUUGCAAUUAUUAUUAUUAUCUUAAAAAGUCGUAAUGAAAAUUAAUCAGCAAAGUAGGAUUGAAAUUUCUCCUAACGUACAGAUUUUUUGCCAGUGAUUUCCCUUCGUAUAAUGCUUCAUAUGUUAUUUUCACAAAUGUAUGUGGUUUUUAUGCACUCCAAGCAAUUUUUCAGUGCAAAAUAUGUGGUUGCUGAACUGCACCGCAAAUUUCAGGUUAGUGUAAGAAUUUCAAAGGACAGUUGUGUUACAAUUUGCUUUGGAAAAUUGCUAAUUUGCUAGUUUUGCAUUGAAAUCCAAACUGAACCAAAUUCCUCCCCAUGGUAGUAGAUUUUUGAAAUGUAUUUUGCUAAACCCUGUUCCAAGCAUCCAUUCUUCCAAAGGAAGUUGGCCCCGUCUAGCACCGAAGACUCCCCAGUGAAUGAAGCAAGUGCUCUUGGGCAUAAAAUGAAGCACAGCUAAGCGCAGUGACAUAAGGCAUUUGAGUUAUGUACUGAAUCCAAAAGUGAAGGGAAAUAUUAUCUCACAAAACCAAACACAGACCCACUAGCCCCAUUCAAAGAGCCCUGCUUUCUGGUUCUGCUGCCAAAAUGGUGGGGGCGAGGCUGCCAACCCCUAUCGGACCACAAUCCAUGGUUGGUGGGCUUGGCUUUGAUAAGUCAGGAAUGUACCAGCCUCCAUUAAAUUGUGUGCGUGUUUGUGGGUGGGUUUCUUUGUUUUCUUACCACUGGGUGAGGGAGAGAAAUGGUUCUCUUUUUUGCAAGUGAAACUGGGGGGAAACUUUUAAGCUGUACUUUGAUGAAGAUUUGGUGUUUGGCUGUGAGGGGCCUCGAAGACCAGCUACCGAUCCCUGGCCUGCAAGAUGCAUUUUAAAUGCAAUUGCCUUGGCCUACGGCGAAGUUUCCUUUUGCAAAUAAAUCACCCUGAGUAAUCCCCACUCAAAGCUGCAUGAACUACAGUUAGAUAACAGCCAGGCUACCCAUAUACAUUCAUUCCUGAGGUCGGGGAGGACUCUGCACUCUUUCCCAUGAGAGUCUGAAAAACUGAAGGGGUGAAAUCUCAGGUGUUACCGUAUUUUUCGCUCUAUAAGACGCACCAGACCACAAGACGCACCUAGUUUUUGGAGGAGGAAAAGAAGAAGAAAAAUAUUCUGAAUCUCAGAAGCCAGAACAGCAAGAGGGAUCGCUGCGCAGUGAAAGCAGCAAUCCCUCUUGCUGUUCUGGCUUCUGGGAUAGCUGUGCAGCCUGCAUUCGCUCCAUAAGACGCACACACAUUUCCCCUUUUUAGGAGGGAAAAAGUGAGUCUUAUAGAGCAAAAAAUACAGUAUUUUGGCAGGGGUCUGGCAUGGGUAAAGUGUGGGUAACUACUAAAAAUGCUCCCUAAAGCAAAGUCUGGAUUCAACCCCUGCAGGACGCAUCCUACAGGGAAUGCUUGAAUUUUAGAGGGGGUUUGGGGCGGGCGUGGUGUUAGUGCCAGGACUGUGUCUGGUUCUUGUGAGGAAAACUGAAAGUUAAGGAGCAUCUGAGCUUACAGAAAGUGCCUUUUCCUCCUCAUGAACUUAAAAGCACAGCCAACUUCCACACCUGGAGAUUGCUGAUUAGAUGUUGUUUUCCAGACUGACCCCUGGCACUUCUCCUCCAUAGCAACCAACUAUCAGCCAAGAGGCUUCCUGGGUGAAAAGUCCAUUCCCAUCUUUGCAGCCAAGGGGCAAGGGUUGCAUCUUGGUGGUAUAACACACGCUGUUCAUGCAACAGGUCUCAAGUUCACUCCACGGCAUCCCCAAGCAGGGCUGGGAUAGUGUUCUGCUUGAGAACCUGGCAAGCUGAUGCCGGUCAGUGUAGACAUUAUUGAGCUAGAUGGACAUAUGGCCUGAUCCUGUACCAGGCAGCUUUUGCUGAAUAAGUCAGACUACUCAAACGAAUGGGGGGACCCUAAUGGCUCUGGGGGAAGGGCCCAUAGCUCAGAAGCAGGGAACCUGCUUUGUGGGCAGGAGGUCCUGGGUUCAGUCCGUGGCAUCUCCAGGUACGGAUGGAGGAGAUUCCUGCCUGGAACAGGAGAGAGCCACUGCCAGGCUACAUGGGCAGUCCAACCGAGAUGAGCCAAUUGCCUGACUCUGGCAUAAAGCAGCUCCCCAUGUUUCUAUUCAGAUCAGCCCCUUUAUUAACAACCUAGGAGACUGGAAUCUGUUAUCACAGCUCAGUGGUAAGCAGGGAUUCCCCCCCCCCCCCCAGGAUCUCAGCUCUGGCACCUAGAAAAAUAGCACUGGUGAUAAUGUAAGCAGAGGGUCUCGGAUUUAAUCCCAAGCAUCUGCAGGCAGGGCUCAAACCAUUGGGAGCCGGCCACUGUAGAUGCUCUGCUGGAUGGCCCUGUGGUCUGCCUUGCAUAUCUCCUUCCCACGUUCCACAGCGGAGAAGCCUCUUUUCCCUUAGCUUGCCUCUGAGCAAAGGUGUGCCUGAACCCUCCAAAUGUCUCCCAGAGCCCCUUUCAGGGCUUAAGCUGCGCUUGAGAAAAAGAGCAGCCCCAAAGCCGGGUGCACUUUCCAGGUUGUAUGUUUUUUAUUAGUGGUGCUUCCAGCUGUUGAGGAACAGCCAGCCAGCCUGUGUUUGCGUAAGAGUGACCUUUCCAGCGGCUCAGAACAAAAAUAGAUAGUAAUAAACUCUUAUCCUUGAUGCUGUUCACUGGAGGACCUGGAAAGUGUUGGGUGGUGACGGGCAGAACGGCAGAUGGCGAAGGAGCCAGUCCCAGGGGGAAAUGAGCCCCAAGGGGUUUAGCGCAGACUUUGCCAACCUGGCGCCCUCCAGAUGUUUGGACCACAACUCCCAACAUCACCAUUGGCUGGGACUGAUGGGACCCACGGGCCAAAGCAUCUGCUGGGCACCAGGAUGGCGAAGUCUUGUUUAGUGGAUACCUGCUGCCCCAAACUCUUGACAUGGCUGCGUGGUCUUUCUUUUUUUAAAAGUGCCUGGGCAGCCUGGCUGUUAAGCAGACCAAUCCACAGUUAGACGGGCUGUUGCUUACUUGCCAUCAGCCGUCCAGUGCUGGAAGACACAGAUUUACCCACUGUGGAAGAAUGGCAGAUGAAGCUGAUGGACUAUAUGGAACUGGCAGAAAUGACUGGCAGAAUCCGAGACCAGGGAGAAGAGUCGGUGGAAGAAGAUUGGAAGAAAUUUAAAGAUUAUCUACAGAAAUAUUGUAAAAUUAAUGAAUGUUAGAAUGAUGUUGAAUAGUAAUUAAGUGGUUUCCAGCUGUAAUGCUUUAAGGGAAUAUGAAAAAAGGGUUAUAAAUAGGUAAAAAUUUAACAUUAUUACUUUUAAAGGAUUUGCUGAACCAACAGAUUGAAGUGGAAUACAAAAAAGGGAGGUAUGAGGAGGUCCAGGAAAUAAGUCAAAGGAAAAUAAGUAAUGGAAAAUCUGUGUGUUUUUAACUAUUUUUAUUUUGUAUUUUUGUAAUUUUUUUUCAUUUUUAUUGUAAUAUUUUAAAAAAUCUUAAUAAAUAUCUUAUAAAAAAAACAAAAAAAAAUCAGCCGUCCAGUGCUGUGCCACUUGGAAAAUGCUUUUUUCCGUAUCAGCCCAUAAAUUUGUUGAUGUUGUUUUUCUUGAUUUUUUAACUGUGAAAUCACUUUGGGAUAUUUUACGGGAAGCAAUUCAUAAAUGGAAUCAAAUAUAGAAAUAAAGCAAUAUAGAAAUAACAGAAUGGCUUAAAGCACUAUCCCUGCAUACAUAUGGAGGCUCCAUUCAGAUAUUGGGUUGCUAACUGUGGUUGGUCUCCUCCUUUUUGGAAAGCUGCCUUAAGGUGGUGGCUGUCAACACGUCCCGUGGCCGUGAGCAAAUUCCAUGAGCAAAUCCGAAACUGACUAUGGAAUUGAGCAGUAAUUACAAAUAAGUUACUUAUAGGUAUAUAAAAAAGAUGAGGCACUGGGAGGAUGUGACUCAGCAGGAGCCCAGGGUGGCCUUAACCGAAGCUGGCUGUGGAACGGAACGUGAAGAUGAUUGUGGAAAGUUCUCUCCCAGGGUGCCUGUGACCGGUGGGUCAUUCUCUGCCAUUCUAUCAAGUCCAAUCCAGAGGCUUAAAGUCCACCCGAGUUGCCUCUCCGCAACUGUACCUGGCACUGAAUUGCUCUUGCCCAGGUUGUGAAAUCACUGGGCUUCCAGUCCCAGCAUGGUUUUUAUUAUUUUCGGAGGCUGGCUGAGCCCUCCAGUGGCAGAGCUCCGAAAGGAUGUCCCAGGCGUGGGAUCCUCACAGGAAAAACUGAAAGUGCUCGGUCUCCUGCUCUGUGCUGUUUGCUGCUUCAGGGUCUUGGUAGAUAGCUGUGUGCUAGUUGAUGAUUAACCAAGGUAUGACAAUUGCAACAUGCGCAUGGCCCUAGAGAUCCAGGUUUCUCUGCAUGGGAAAAGGAGCUAGCAGGUGAUUGCAUGGGGAGCCUUCUCCGUGCCCUGGAAUUUCAGGAUUCAGCAGGUACAAACCCUUUCUUCUUUCUCCUCUUACAAACUACUCCCACCUGGCCACAGCCGGGAGACGCUGAUACUGGAUUGUUGAUUAGAGUUCUCUGAUCUAAUAAGGCUCCUGUGGGCUGCAUGGGGCAGAUCCUCCCCACUUUCCCCCUUCACAACAAUCCUGCAAGGUAGGUAAGGCAGUGAAAGUGGGCCAAAGGUCCCCUGGCACUUCAUGGCUGAGUGGGGAUUUAAACCCAGGUCUUGCCAAUUAAGUCCACAGGAUGUUGCUGUGGGAUGAUGAGGCUGAUGAAAGUUGUAGCUCAAAAUGUCUGGACGCCACAGCUUGGUGACGGAUGGUGAAAACCUUUACUCUGCCUAUAACAGGAACUGGCCAGGUGUCCCUACUCCUCCCCCAGAAGAGCACUGGAUGGAGACAGGCAGCCCUGUCCCCAACAUCUGAUGAUCUGAGGGGUGUCCUCUCUUUUAACUGUUUUAGCUGCAUGCUGUCCAUAGAUCAUUAGUUUGCCCAAUGCUUUUUCAAAGAAGCCACUUACGCUAGGCUUGUCCAUCACAACACCUUGUGGUGUGACAUGCCAUGUGUCAACGAUAUGCUGUGAACGGAAAGUGCUCAGAAGCUACUUUCAUGUCUCUUGGGAUGUUGCUCAUAACUCCCAAAUUAUGAAAGCUCCUCCAUCAUUCAUACUUGUGGUUUUCGGUCAGAUUCCAGCAGUUAAGUGAGCAUAAGAAAUACAGCUGUUUGUUUAACCUAUCACACACUAAAGUUAUGUAAUAACCAGCAAUAGUCUUUUCAUAGAACUAUAGAAUUGUAUAGAAGGGACUAUAGAACUAUAGAAGGGACCCCAAGGGUCAUCUCCACCCCCAUCGUUCUGCCCGGACGCUGAGGUCCAGCACCGAGGGCCUUCUGGCGGUUCCCUCAUUGCGAGAAGCAAAGCUACAGGGAACCAGGCAGAGGGCCUUCUCGGUAGUGGCGCCCGCCCUGUGGAACGCCCUCCCAUCAGAUGUCAAAGUGAUAAAUAACUACCUGACAUUUAGAAGACAUCUUAACGGAAGCUUUUAAUCUGUGAUAUUUUACUGUAUUUUUUGAUUCUAUGGAAGCCGCCCAGAGUGGCUGGGGAAACCCAGCCAGAUGGGCGGGGUACAAAUAAUAAAUUAUUAUUAUUAUUAUUAUUAUUAUUAUUAUUAUUAUUAUUAUUAUCUAUUCCAACCCCCUGCAAUGCAGGAAUCUCAACCAAAGCAUCCAGGAUAGGUGGCCAUGCAGACAGAUGGUGCCCAGAACUGCACACAAUACUCCAGGUGCGGUCUGACGGAGGCAGAAUAGAGUGGUACUAUGACUUCCCUUACUUACUUAUAACAUACAGAAAUGCAUUAUAUUAGGGGAAAUUACUUGCAAAAAUCUGUACAUUAGUCAAAACUGCAUACAAAAAUCAGUUUAUUGGGAAAGAUUUGAACUCAAGUGCUGAAUAAUUUUCAUGAGGAUUUUUUAAAAACAAAUUUGCAGAUUGCUGUAAAAAUGUGGAGAACUGAGUGUAAAAUUGGAAAAAUGAGAAGCUGGGAGAAAUGAAACUGAAAGACCCUUCUUGUAGGUAAGGCUCAAUGACCCAAUGUGGCACCUUCUCCAACUAGCAAGUCAUAUACCGUACAGUGGUGCCUCGCAAGACGAAAUUAAUUCGUUCUGCAAGUUUUGUCGUCUUGCGAUUUUUUUCGUCUUGCGAAGCACAGUGUCGGGAAAGUUUUGGAAAAGCUUCAAAAAUCACCAAAGUCUUUAAAAACCUCAAAAAAGGCUACCACACCGCGUUCUAUGAGUUGCUCCUCGAAGUCAAGUCGCAACUGUACUAACGGUGUUAGGAAACAAACUUGCAAGACGUUUCCGUCUUGCGAAGCAAGCCCAUAGGGAAAAUCGUCUUGCGAAGCAGCUCAAAAAACAAAAAACCCUUUCGUCUAGCGAGUUUUUUGUCUUGCGAGGCAUUCGUCUUGCGAGGUACCACUGUAUUGGCCCGAAUAUAAACAGCACUCGCAAAUAAGCCGCACCUUUAAAAUUCAAGAGGAAAAAAGAAAAAAAGAUAAUACCUGAAUAUAACCCACUCCCUUAAAAUUGGGUUGCAGGGUGAAAAUUGCUGCAAGCCAAUUUAAGCCUUUGAUCUUGCAAGCCUGCAAGGAUUACCGUACAAUCGCUAAAAUCGCCUCAACUAGAGCCAGGGCUUUUUCGGCUGUGGCUCCGAUCUGGUGGAACACUCUGUCACAAGAGACCAGGGCCCUGCGGGACUUGACAUCUUUCCGCAGGGCCUGCAAGACAGAGCUGUUCCACCAGGCCUACUGGCCAGGGCACAGCCUGACUCCCUCCUCGGCAAUCUUCGCGGAGCUCUGGCCCAAUGGUUGCCAGUGGCUUGAAUUAAUUAAUUUUAUAACGAAUGAUUUUAGACUGUUGUUUAUGCUGUACUUUUGUACUGUUUUAUUGUUGUUAGCCGCCCUGAGCCCGGCUUCGGCUGGGGAGGGCGGGAUAUAAAUAAAAUUUAUUAUUAUUAUUAUUAUUAUUAAAAUCGCUAUGCAAUUGCUACAAUUCUGAAGGCACUCAAGCUCGCAAAUUGGCAAUAAAACAUUUUUUGUUCCGUUUUAACAUAUUUCUGUUUCAGCAGUGAUAUCGUAAAAGCCAAUUUUUGUAAGGUCAUGAUUUUAAGCUGCACUUUAACUUUUCACGGUUGGAAUUUGGGGGUGGGGAGGAAGUGCGGCUUAUAUUCGGGCCAAUACGGUACUGUAGGAACAUGGGAAGGUGCUUUACAGCAUCUAGACCAGAACUGCAUCAUCUGACAGGCUGCAGCUCUCCAGUGCCUCAGGCAGAGAAAGGUCUUUCACAUCACCUGCUUAUCCAUUUUGACUGGACAUGCAGGGAUUUGAACCCGGGACCUUCUGCAGGCAAAGCAGGGUGCGCUAUCACUGAGCUCCUUUCACUCUCUUAGGAACCAAUGAUGCUUCCUUAUACCAGGUCAAACAAUUCACCCAUCUAGCUCCCUGGCAGCCAAUAUCUGGGGUCUCCAGCAGAGAUAAUUCCCAUCACUGCUACCUGAGACCUUUUAACUGGGGGGUGGGAUUCAGGACCGUAUGCAUGCAAAGCAAGAGGUUGUACCACAGAGCAAUAAGCCCCCCUCCAAACACCAGCAAAGUUUCCACGAUUUUCGGUGCUCAUCACAGCACACCGUAUCCCCACAAUCUCAGGGUGGACGGUGGCUGAGGAGAACAGAGUUCUCAGAGGGAGGGGAGGGUGUGCUUUCUUUGAAAUAGCUGGAAUUAUGACAGUUUAGAAUUCUGCAGCUGGGAGGAAGGGAGGGGCUUUAAAGAAGCUGAUCUGGUAAUGCCAAUGUUCAAUAAGCAAUGCUUUUUAAAAAUCACGUAAACACGACACCACAGAAAUUAGGAGGGAUGGAUACAUUGCUUUCAUAUGUUGCUUUAUGCCAGAGGAAGUCAAUACCUCUGAAUGCCCAGGUUGCUGGACUAGAAGCACUGUCUGAUUUGCGCAUCCUCAAAUAUCUUGGUUUUAUUUUUCUAAGACUGCUUUGCACCUAACAUAAGGUAAAAAGGUAAAGGGACCCCUGACUGUUAGGUCCAGUCGUGACCGACUCUGGGGUUGCAGCGCUCAUCUUGCUUUAUUGGCCGAGGGAGCCAGCGUACAGCUUCCGGGUCAUGUGGCCAGCAGGACUAAGCCGCUUCUGGUGAACCAGAGCAGCGCACGGAAACGCCGUUUACCUUCCCGCCGGAGCGGUACCUAUUUAGCUACUUGCACUCUGACGUGCUUUCGAACUGCUAGGUUGGCAGGAGCAGGGACCGAGCAACAGGAGCUCACCCCGUCGUGGGGAUUCGAACCGCCAACCUUCUGAUCGGCAAGUCCUAGGCUCUGUGGUUUAACCCACAGUGCCACCCGCGUCCCUUUGCACCUAACAUAGUGCACCUUAAAUGUUCAAAGCCCACUGGCAUGUUCAACCGUCCUGUAAAUUAGACCGGUAUUUUACUCUCCACAAUGAAGACUGGGUGGGACAGAGGGAGUAUGGUGUGACUUGAACCACAAAUGCUCUGGCUACGGCACUGCUCACCCAGCACAACAGCGUGGCUGUUAGAUCAUUCUUCCCCUAUUUGGCCAGAUUUCCGUUGGCACAAGACCUACCUGAUUAUAAAAACAGAAGGGAGAGGUUAUUACAAAUAAUGGCCGGGUUCCAAAGAGCUACUUUGGGCGCGCCUGAGAGUUUGAGUAGGUCAAAUCGUGACAGCAGGUAGCAGCAAUUGGACAUGAAAUCAGAGCGUUUGUGUCCACUGAGAGGGAUCAACGAAACAGAAUGAAGAGAGGGUGGCAAGGAUAGAUCCUUUAAAAAAUACUAUUAAAAGAAAAAAGAAAAGUCAGUGCCAAUUACUGUCAUUGCGGGGGCAGAGGGCAAUAGCAGCGUCUUUUCCUAAAGUAGUAACAAGAAGGCCAACCAUUACUGCAAAUCUGGAGCAAGAUGCCAGUAAUUGGAAAGCACCAAGAGAGCCAAAGUCCAUUGCCUAUGCCAGACUGGGGCUUUGUCACUAGCAGAAGAGGAUGCUGGACUAAGUGGGCUUUGCUCUGACCCAGCAGGGCUCUUCGUAUAUUCUUAGGAAAGGGCCAAUUAACCAGAUGGAUGCAACUCCAGGAUGGAAAUGGGAACUGUACAGACCUGGGUCUGCUUCGUUGGGAUAAUAAUUGUUAUGGCUCUCCUCAUGUUUACAUGGGAGUAAGCCCAACAAAAAGCAACAGGGCUUGCUUCUCAGUAGGUGUGUAUAAGGCUGUACUGGAAGAGGAACAUUUUGUUUUGCCUGGUAAUGUAGAGUUAUCCAUUUGCAUAAUAUAGGGUGGUAUUCAAUGUAAGUCAUACUCUAGAGUAGACUUACUGGAAUUAAUGGACUAACGCAAAUCCAUUAAUUUCAGAGGGUCUACUUUGAGUAGAAAUUAGUUGGGUGCAAUUUGUUAUUCUUACCUGCAUGUAAUAGCAAUGUCUGGCCCUGCUCCAGGGAAGGCAUUUUGAGGUGCCGUUGAAGAUUACAUUCACACCACUGUUUGGUGCCAUUUGAAUUUUAUGCCCUGACAUGCCAAUGAUUCUUGGUUUGACUUUAACCAAUUAAUUGCUUAGCUAAAUCAAGUUUUAAAAAUUAUCUAUUGACUAAAUGGCACCCCUGACUGAAUCGGACUUUUUAAUGUAAGUUAAUUCUUUUUAAUGUAAGUACUCAUUUAAAAACAAACAACUACGAAUGGCAGGCAAAAUCUUAGGAAAGGGUUUUCUUUUUCACUCCCAUGAGGAAGUUUUAAAGAAAGCUCUUGUUGUGAUGUAUGCAUGCCCCCAUCUACAAACUAAUACAGUAUGCUUCCACCCCUUCAAAACUAAUGCUUCAUUCAUAUCAAAUUAACUGCAGGUAGUAUUGGUUGAAUGAAUCAAGUGAAACUCACACAAAUAACCAAAUCCUAUGUCUGAGCUUUUCUUCUCCAUACCUCAACUUGAAUGCUGGUGGGCUGGGGGGGGGGGUUCACAAGGAUGUUGUGCAAGUAAGUAAAAUGAAAUGAUUUGGUGACAGUACUAGCAGCAACAUCACUAUCACCCCAGUACCUGUCUGUUCCUUGCUACUGCCAUAUAGGGCCAGCCCUACUAUUAGGUAGACCGAGACAGCUGCUUAGGCAGCAGAUACUGAAGAGCAGUGUAUCAACCCACCCCCAUUUUGCCUGAGCUCCCUAAGCUGUCCUGGUGCUCCAAGUGUGGUAGAGGAUGCGAUCCCAUUACCACCACUGAAGUAAGAGUCACCCUGGUUGGGUUCUGUUUAUGGAAUGGUGAGAGACCACUACCUUGUCCUUCACAUUAUACAGCAAAAUGCCUUUAAGUACCUGCAUCAUUGCAAGAGCUGAACAUUGCCUUCUACAAUCUUGCCGCUUACAAUUAUUCUUCUCUCUCAUUAUUAAAUAAAAAAAAGAAGUGUUUCAUUUCUGUACGCAUGUUUAUGUAAAAUAAGACCAUAUAACCGAUUGAUAAUCAUCUUGCCAUUUUCUUUUCCCCUCCACGAUUAAAAUAUUGAGUUGCCUGUUUCCUCAAACAUGCUGCAGGGCCCACAGCUGAGCUGCUGAUGCUGGAAAACCCACAAAGGAAUCUGUGGCUGGAAAGGCAGUCCUAGUGGAAGUCCCCUGCAGAUGGAUAGGAAGGCUGCCUUCUAACCCACCGGAAUGGAGAAGGCAGCCCCCAGCGAGACCCAGCCCCUCACGCCUCCAAAGGCCUCGAACUGUAAGGAAGGGGAUGACUGCUCAGAGAACGGACUCCUGAUCAAGAUCACAGAACCUAAAUUCCAACUGGUGGAAGGUGCAAACCAAGCUCACCCUAGCCAGGGAGAAAAGGAGGAGACAACAAGCCCUGUGUCCAAUGGGAUUUCAGGAGCCCAGAGCCCAAGUCCUUGCAAUGCGACAGGGGGCAGCAAAGGCGCCCCUCCCACACCCGCUGCUCCCAUGACCACCACCACCCUCUGUGUGGCAGAGGGGCAGCAGCAGCUGAUGGAGUUGGAUGAGAGGGAGACUUGGAGCAAGAAAGUGGACUUUCUCCUCUCUGUUAUUGGCUAUGCAGUAGAUCUAGGAAACGUAUGGCGCUUCCCUUAUAUAUGUUACCAAAACGGAGGAGGUGAGUGUCCAUUGAUUGAUUUGAUUCAAUAUUUGUAUUCUGCUUUUCCAAACACAAAUGUUGAGCUCAAAGUGGCCCACAAGGCACGGGGUGAAACUGUCGCAACUCUCACUGCAGGAGCUGAGGGGCUUUCCUCCCAGCGCCUCGCAGGUCAGGGACAAUACAGCUUGUUUGCGUUGCUCAGCUGAGUGAGCCCUAUGCCUCUCCAGUUUGCACGUGAGGAAUAGGGGCUUGCUCAGGUGGGGGAUCAGCGGGAACAGUUUAAAGAAGCCGAGGAAGGAAUAAGUUGUAUGGGCCCAGCGAUACAGAUUGCUCCUCCCUCUGCAGCAUGAGGGGCAGAGCGCAAUGGCGGCUUCAUGCGGAAGUAUAGCACAGCUGAAACCGCUGCUGCUCCUGAGUCCCUCUGCUACCAGCGGCCCGAUGUUGAAGGUGGCACUGGUAGCAGAGGGACUCAGGAGCUGUGUCGGUUUCACCCACGAUAUACUGCCAGGUGAAGCCGCCAUACACGGUCCUGGGCAAUGUAUUGGUACACCGCUCAGGCCUACCGACAGGUUACAAAAAACAACACACACUCCAAGUGGACUCUAGCAUGGAAGCAAUCUGUAUUAACUGAGGGAUUCUUAAAAUCGCUCCUGGAGCUGUGGACAAAAUAGGGAGCUAUCCCUAAAAUAGCCCCAUAAAGGCUGGGCGGCAUGAAAUGUUGACAACCGGCUGGAGAGGAAGAUAAACAGAUCUAAGAAAGGAAAGAAACCGCAUUGUUGCCUCGAUAAAGUCAUUUCCUGACUUGUUCAUUCUGAUAAGCUAUUUUGCAAUGUCCUCAAGAUGGAAUGGAGAGCUGGCCACAGGCAUCAAUGGAGAUAUCAAAGAUUUUAAUGUAGCUGGGAUUGAACACACAUACUCCCCGCCCCCAAUGCAUGCACAACUGAGCAUGCAACAGGCCAGCAAGGAUUCAGCUGGCUGAUUGGUGGAAAACUGGGGUUAGGGAAAGGGGAGUAGUUGGGGUCUUGAACAGCAGUACUCCACACAGCAACAUUGUUGUUGCAACACCCCCACCUUGUUCCCUCUAUUUCUGGCACUCAGAGACCUUUGUGGACACAGUGCACCCCCCAGGCACAAGAGGAAUCUGUCAGCAUGCUUGGGGAAACACCAAGGUUUUUAGAACUAAUAUUAAGGAAGGAGGAGGCAAAGGAAAUGCUGACUGACCUUUGCUGAGCAGCGUUGGGGGUGGGAGGUCAAGGGAACUGAGUCUUCUGGGGGAGGGCACAGCUGACUGGCUGGCAUCUUGAUCAGAAACACUCCAUGCUGCAACAUUUUGUUGCGUAGGCCUCUUGUUGCCAUCCGAUGCCUCUCUGAAGGGUGUUUUAACGUUGGUCCCUUUGAUUCAGGGGCUUUCCUCAUCCCGUACACAAUCAUGGCUAUCUUUGGAGGGAUCCCGCUCUUCUACAUGGAGCUGGCACUGGGGCAGUAUCACCGAAAUGGGUGCAUCUCAAUCUGGAGGAAGAUCUGUCCCAUUUUCAAAGGUAAUCCUCAAGAGGAAAUCUUUAUUCUCAGAAUUCUGGGUCAUAGUUAAAGCUGCAGAGCACCUGGCCUGUGGAGCCAGGGGCUUUUCAGGGGAGGAUUCCUGGCAUAUGUGGAGCAUCAGACGUCUUAGACAUGUAAUUCUGCAUUGACUCUCAAAAUCCACGCAUAAAAAGUUCUCUACUUACUAUGAGCAUAGUUCCCAAUAAAUGCACACCAUGAAAAAUGACUGACAAUGCCAUUUUACAUGCCGUUGCCUGUGCCCUCAUCCAUGCUUUUAUGGCCUGUGCUGGAGCUCCAUGGCUGCAUAGGAACCUCUGCACUCAAGAGCAAGUUACGGGAGCUCCGUGUGUUGCAUGGAAGCCUCUGCACUACCAACAGAUCACUUAACAGGAACACCAGAGCAUCCGUCUUUCUUACAUUUAUGCCAGCAUUUUUUAUCUAUCCAGGAAUUGGCUAUGCCAUCUGCAUCAUUGGCUUCUACAUUGCCUCGUACUACAACACCAUCAUGGCAUGGGCCUUGUACUACCUCAUCUCCUCGUUCACGAGUGAGCUGCCCUGGACCAGCUGCAAAAACCCCUGGAACACCAACAACUGCACAAACUACUUCUCCAACAAGAGCACCGCCUGGACUGCCAACUCAACCUCGCCGGCAGAAGAAUUUUACACGUAAGUGCAUGUAAGUGGAGAGACAGCCAUGCCAGAAUAAGGUGGAGCAGGGUGGGUGGGGAAGGAGCUUUUGAGGAGGGACGGAUGUGUUAAACCCUGUGCUUUCUUUAUAUGUAGGCACUGGCUCAGGUCUCCUAGUUAGCAACUGCUUUUCAUGAGCAUCAGUGAGAGUUAGUGGUUCAUUUUUUAUGCCUGCAAUAACCUCUGAAGCCCUCUGCAACAUCAGCCUUGGUCAUUCCCUAACUAGGUGCCAGAGAACACAAGAUCUGCUAGAGCUGUGAGAAACAUGUCAAAACACACAAGGUUCCUAAGUGCCCAAAGCAUCCAUGAACAGAGGAGGGUACAUUCUGGAUCUCUGGAUGACUCCCUGCUCUGUUCUCACCUCCUUCCAAUCCAUCUCUGCUGGUGGCAUGGAUAAUUCUGUCAAAGUUCUGCACUGAGAAAACCGCCACUCCUGAUAUAGAAAAGUGAAAGAACUGUCCACCCUCACAGAGAAAGCUGCCCAUUGUAUCUCUGCAUGAGUCACUAUUCUGAGUGUAGCCCCUCCCAAACAGAAAGCCUACAUUGAAUUGUGACUCAUGCAGAAACACACAGGCCUGGUUCACAUUUAACACUAUGUCAUUGUUUAUUUAUCAAACCAUGAAUUAAAAACAAUUUGUCCUACAGAUGAUCAAACUAUGACUUGUUUCGCCAAAGCUUCUUCUGUUUUCCAGCUACUCUUGCCUCAUUAGAAUGUGAAGUGUCUGGAGUUCGGGUAGCCAAAAAAGCCAAGGGUGCUGUUUUCACAAGUAGCACCAAGCCAUAGUUAAAAUAACUCAAGUUUUAGAAGCCAACAGUAAACCAUGGCUUCAAAUCACAGUUUGUUGACCAUAAACAAGCCACAGUUAAGGUACUGGGCAGGGUCUGCACAUGUUUAAUAAACCAUGGUUUAAUGUUGCAUGCGAUCCACACCAUAAAAAGUAUGCUUCAUAGUAUAGUGUAUAAAGGAAGCCCUUUUGGGGUAUAAGAAUGAAGUGGCAUCUCCCGUUUUAAUCAACAGGGGAAAUGUGUGCCGGAAUUGUCAGAAGUUAGAACCACCCCACCAACUGAUGUUAGCCAAUUCCUUGAAAUCAGGCUGUAAUUAGGCCUGGCUCAAGAUGUACAUUGUUUUGAUUGCCAAAGAAAGGAAAUCCAAACAUUUUUUGUUAAAAAACUAACUGAAGUAAAUAACUGCCACUUUUUGAACAGCACUGGCAUGAAACUGACAUGAGGUAGCCAGCUCUAGGCUGUUCUUCCUUCUCCAAUUCCCAUCAGCCCCAUCAGCAGCCAGCAUGGCCAAUGGUCAGGGGGAUGGUGGAAGUUGCUGUCCAACAACAUUGCAAGGCUACCCUGUUCCUGACCUCCCGUUUGUUUGGCUUUCCUCCAACAGUCACAUUGAUGGCAAGUUCCCAGUAGCAAACCCCACUCCAUCCCACCCUCAGGACUCAUGGACUUGAAGCAAACGUCGCCCGCUUGAAAUGAUCCCUUUGGAAAGUCCGCAUCCCAAAGGAUCCCCAACAUGUCUGUUUCCUUUCCAUUUCAGCCGCCACAUUCUCCAAGUGCACAGAUCCAAGGGGCUGGAUGACCUGGGAGGAAUCAGCUGGCAGCUCGUCCUGUGUUUGAUGCUUAUCUUCACCAUUGUGUACUUCAGCAUCUGGAAAGGAGUCAAAACAUCUGGAAAGGUGAAGAGCAAGGACAACAGCAGGAGGAGCUACGCCAGGAUUGUAUCUGGUGGUCAGGGAUGGAAAGGGAUGCUGAAUCUGAAGACUGGGGGAGGGGGGAGGUUCAUGUGGCCCACCAGGCUUCUCCAUUCCUUAGUGCCUUAGGGGUCUUCCCAGACCACACCCCUUCAUCAGGCAGCACCCUCACCAGCCCUGCCCUGUCCCCUUCUCAAGUGCAUUUAGCUGACUUGAAUGUGUUCUUGACGUAUGAGAAUGUCUCCAGCUUGCCUGGCUAGAGACUGGGGAGAUGGUAUGUGCUGGUGUGUUUGUAGAAACUUCUGGCUUUUGCAUGGCUGGGAUACAGAUUACUGUACACAGUAAGUGUCCCAUCUGUUUUUACCUCUGGUCUGGCCCAAACAUGGCAUAUGGCCCCUGGAAGGUUGCCCAUUAAGGGAACGUGGCCCUCAAGAUGAAAAAGGUUCCCUACUUCUGCCACCAAAAAGAGGGAGGAAACUUUCAUGUUCCUGACUGUCUUGAGAAGCAGCUGGAAUGAUCUGAAGAGCAUUCUGAAGUUACCCAAGCUGGUGGCCUCCUGUGAUCUUGGCUAGCACCCUGUGAGGAUGUCGCCAUCCUUCUUUCUGGCUGUGUGUUAGGAAGGCCUUUUCUAUACAGAAGAUCUGUCAGUGUCAGGGGUGCAGACACCACAAGCCUCCCAAAUAUGAGGCAGCAGGCAAGGCGCCACUAGGCCAGGAAACCCCAUCUGUCCCAUGGGAGCAGGUCAAGAGGAAGGAAGUUCUGACUCACGGGAGUCUGUGCCACCUCCUUGGGGUAGGAAGAGACAGGGCUUUGGCACAGGAUGGGCUAGUUCAUGGAGCUGGCAGAAGAGACCCCAGGAACUAGGGAUGGGGUGGGGGGGAAUUUUAUAACAUUUGCACAUCUCUGAAUUUUGCAAGGCAGUUCUCCAGUCAACUAAAGUGUAUAGAGAUGUAUAUUCUAAGGUAAAAUGUGCAUAUAGUUUGGUUAAACUAGCACACAAAAGCAUUUAACAUUUGCUUUGCAAAAAUGUAUAUAUUUGCUAAAAAUGUAUCCAUUAGGAUAAAUUUGCACUAAAAUGCUGAUGUUUUUCUUAUUUGCCUGGGUCUUUGGAAAGGGAUAGGGACAUUCAGGCACUGUCGAUAUUAAAACUUUCAUUUUAAUUACCGUUUUUAGAUAUGGUCUUGUUUGAUUUGAUGUUGCUAGGCACCAUGGGCAUGUUUUGAGUUGCGGUGGAGAGUGGGCUAUCAAUUUAAUAAAUUAAUAUUGCUGCUAAUUCAGAGCAAAGAUUUCGUCCUUUGUGCUGGUGCUUUCCCUCAGACGAAUCCUCAGUCUUGAUUUCUUCUCCAAACAGGUUGUGUGGGUGACUGCCACAUUCCCUUAUGUCAUACUCUUUGUCCUCUUAAUACGGGGCGCUACCUUGCCUGGGGCCUGGAGAGGCGUGGUCUACUACCUGAAGCCCGAAUGGGAUAAGCUUUUUGCUACUGAGGUAAGGAGGGGGGAAGGCGGGUGCAACAAAUCAGAUGAAUGGAUCGGCUACCUUAAAAGUCCUGUGGCAAAUGAAAAGUAAUGUACUAGAUUUGGGGGUGGGGGUGAACCAGGUGCUCUGUCAGCCUUCUCCCAACCUAAGUAAAAAUCUAGGUAAUUACUGGUCUGUUGCCACUUUCUUCUUCUUGAGCAAGGUUCUUGAGAGGGUGGCUGCAGACCAGAUCCAGGCACUCUUGUAUCCCUGUUAAUUCUCCUCAACCUUUCAGCAGCUUUCAAUACCAUGGUAUUUCAACCAUGGUAUCCUUCUGGAGCAGCUGUCCGAGUCAGGUGGUGGGCGUGCCGGCACCACUUUGUGGUGGUUCUGAUCCUACUUGGUUGUUUCCAGAGGGUAAUGCUUGGGGAGUGCUCUUUGGCCCUGUGUAAGUUCCAAGGUUUACCGAAGUCUACUCUGCAGCUACUUGGAGCAAGACUGGUAUUAUGCUUGCUCCUGCUCUAUGGUAUAGUGUUCCUAUACCACUCACUAUCUGUAUUUUCUGGAAACAGCUGGAAAACAGGAUAAAUGGAACAUGCAGAAGAAGCUUCUCUGCAGACUGUUUGCUGAGUGUAUAAGGGAUAAGACAGUCUCUCAAGUAUCCUGUUCCUGAGCUGUAUAGGGACUUAUGUUAGUAGCAAAUUGACAGCCAGUGCAAAUCCCGAAAGCAGGAUGUGUUAUAUGCUGGCAGUAGGUUGCCCCCACAAGCCAUCAGGCACUGCAUUCUGUAUAACAGAUGCAAAUGUCAUUUCCCCCUGAAUAGUUAUGAAAGACUCAGAUGAGGUUGGGGGAGAUUUUGGCCCUCUAAGUAAUAAAUACAGCUACUAUUGAGAUUACAGGUUCUAAUAUUCGCCAGCCAGCGGGCUCCCGGUUGAUAGGAGAGAGUUCAAUGAAAAGGAAAUGAAGACACAUCGUUCUCUGAUAAAGCCACAUCUCCAAUAAGGCCCCGUUGCCUCCCCUAAAAGUAAUAAAGGGUGUUAGUAUUGUAUUGGAUGUUUCUGAAGCGAUGAGCGAGGCCAGAUUGUGAUCUCUGUGCUGUUGAUAUAUGGCCACAAAGCUUUCAUGUGGUGGCUCCUGGGGCAGGAACAAUCUACAAAGUUGGGCAGUGCUCAGCUUUGAGUCUGGAGAAUAAAAAGGAACUGGUUUGUUCUGGAGAAAACAGGAGAUAAGAAGGCUAGCCAGGAAACGGAUCUUGGGGUGAUGGGAGAAGGAAAGCUCAGAGAUGUCAACCCAGUGUGUGGCAGCUGAGUAUAGCAAAUUCCAUCCUAAGUACUGUAUUAUCAAGAAAGAACUGAAAAUAAGUCUGCCAGUGGUGUAAUGCACUUGAAUAAAUCUAUGGGGUGGGUGAACUUGAAAUAUAGUGUACAGUUGUGGUCAUCUCAUUUCAAAAAGGAUAUUGAAAGAACUAGGAAAAAGUCACAGCUCAGUGGUAGAGUGUCUGCUUUGAGUGCAAAGGGUCCCAUAUUCAAUCCUCAGCAUCUCCAGGUAGGACUGAAAAUGUCUUGUGUUGAAAACACUAGAGUGCAACUCCAUCUGCUAUGGACCACUGGUCUGACUCAGUACAAAUGUCCAGAAAAUAGCCACAAGAUUAUCAUGGAUCCAGAGCAUUUUCUUUAUAAAGGAAGGCUAUAGGGGUUUGGAUUUUUUUUAACCAGAAAAGAAAAAAAGGUAAUUAAGGAGAGAAUUGAUGGAGGUUUGUAAUACUAUAGUAUGACGCAGAGAAAUUAUAUAGAGAGGCAACUAGGAGUCACUCAAUGAAAUUGAGUGGCAGAAGAAUCAAGACAGGCCAACCCUCUCCCCCAAUAUAACUUCACAUACUGCAUUAUUAAGAUAUGGAGCUCACUGUCACAAGAUGCAGUGAUGGCCAGUAGCUUAGAUGGCCAGCUGUGGGGGAAGGCCUUAGUGGAUCUACUGUGGGGAACCCAUGGAGUGGCAGGCCACUGUGACUGCUACUGUCCUGCUAGGUCUUCAACUUCAACUCCACUGCCUCUGCUACAAAGCAGUCAUCCCUGCCUGUAUCUGAUAGCUUCCGUAGUUCCAGCAAGUCGCCACAGUAAACUCUUAACCUGAAACUCUUGAAGCACAGGGCUCAAAACACAAACUGGAAGCUAAAAGCGCUCACUCCUUGCAUGGCUUCCCAGAACAACUCUGCUUUUACCGAUACCCUUUUUAGUGAGCUGUGUCUGAUGAUUCUUUUCUUUUUAGGUGUGGAUUGAUGCAGCUGCUCAGAUCUUCUUCUCUCUCGGCCCAGGAUUUGGGGUCCUCCUAGCCUUUGCAAGCUACAACAAGUUCCAUAACAACUGCUACCAGUGAGUUUUCUCAAGGAGGAAGAUUACUGGGAAGGGGGGAGGGACUCAAAUUGCCAUUGUGGAAGACUCUAAUAAACAUACUGAUGGUUUACACAUAGUUCUAAUUAUUUACACUCCAAAUCAGACCAGCUGGAGGGUACAAGGAAAAUUUGUGUAUGGGGUAUGUGUGUGUGUUGUAUCACAAGCAUGUCCUGAUUCUCAGAGGGGCAUGUGUGUUUCCGUUACAGGGACGCUCUAGUCACCAGCACUGUGAACUGCCUGACCAGUUUUGUGUCUGGGUUCGUCAUCUUCACCGUGCUCGGGUACAUGGCUGAGAUGAGGAACCAAGAGGUGGCAGACGUGGCCCGAGACACAGGUAAGCAACCAAGGAUGGGCAAAUGUGGCCAAUCUCAGUUUCUCAUUUUUCCAGUCUUAUGUUCCGUUUGCCCCAUUUCUUCAGCAGUUUGCAGAAUGGUUGGGGUUGUUGUUUUUUAAGUGCACCUGAAAACGUAAGUUUGUUUGCAAUUUUCUGUACUAUGUUUAUGUAAGCAAUCUCCCCAAACAGAUGUAUUUUUACAAGUAAUUUUUGUAUGUUAUUUCUACGAAAGCAAGAUUUCUCCCUCUAACAUAUACUUUCGUUAGUGAACAUUUUUUUGUUGGGAGAACUGCACUGCAAAAUUUCAAGAAGUGUGAAUUCAAAGGAUAGCUACUUUUCAGUUUGACAUACUGGUUUGGGAAGUGCAAUGCAGACAAAGAAUUCUUCCCAAUCCUUUCCUUUUAUACUCUCACUACCUUUCCUGUGAUGGUGGGAAGGCUGUAGCCUUCCCAGGUUCAAUCUGCAAUGGUAUCUCCAGGCAGGGCUGGGAAAGAUUCCCUGCCUAAAACCGUGCAGAGCCACUACCAGUCAGUGUGGACAAUAUUGAGCAAGAUGAACCAAUGGUCUGGCUCAGUAUGUUCCUGUAUUCUGAUGCAAGCUGUCCUGCAGAGGAUCUUUUGCAUCCUAAGAAACUCUGCACAGUCCUUUUUAAAACAAGAGAACACCAGGCACCACUGUGUCUCGAUAGUCAGUUGAGGAAGGGCUGGAACCAGUGAGCAAGGUUCCAUCCCUGGCAUCUCCAGUCCCCUUCUGAAGAAGUAUGGUAAUUUUAGGAUGCAAGUGAUGGGGGGGGGACCCUUUUCUCCCUGAGACCCUGCUAGUCAUAGUAGUGGGCUAGGUAUCUAACAGUCUGAUCCGGCAUAAGGCUGCUAGCUUCCUGAGUUCCCAUGAAACGUGUUUCAGUGUGCAACUGGGUUCAUCGUUAGGCAACUGGGUUCAAUGGCCUCAUUGAAGAAUUCCUCGAACACUUCCUUGGCUGACUAAUUUUGACACAGUGUCUAGCCACACAUGCAGGAUGCUGGCAAACUUGACUUGAAGGCAUAAGAAGACACAUUCCUAAAGCAGCUCAGUAUGUUUAGUCAAGAGCUACUUAAUUCUCAAAUUACAAUGUUUGGCUUUGCAUGAAAAAAUGUUCCGGGUUCAAUUCCUAGCAACUCCAGGUAGGGCUAAAAGCCUCAGUGUUGCCUAAAAUCCUUCCCCAAAGGUAACGUCUUCAGAUGUUGCAGGACUCCUGAUUCCCAUUAGCCCCAGCCAGCAUGGCCAAUGGUCAGGGAAGGUGGUAGUAAUAAUUCAGCAGCUUCUGGAAGGCAAAUCAGAAUCAGAAUCACAGAAGAGCUGGAAGGUUUCAAGUUAUCUAGUCCAAUCCCCUGCAGUGCAGGAAUCACAGCUAAAGAAUCCCUGACAGACGGUUAUCCAACCUCUGUUUAAAACCCCCAGUGAAAGAGAGCCCACCACCUUCAGAGAAGCCCAUUCCACUGUUGUUCAGCUCUUACCACCAGAAAGUUAUUCUUCAUGUUUAGUUGGAAUUUGAAUCCAUUGGUUCAGGUUCUACCCUCAGGAGCAGAAGGAAACAAGCUUGAAACAGUUAUCAUAUCACCUCUAGGUCUUCUCUUCUCCAAACUAAACAGAUCAAACUUCCCUCAUAAGGCUUGGUAUCCAGACCCUUUGUCAUCCUGGUUUCCCUCCUCUGCACAUGUUCCAGCUUGUCAAUAUUCUGAGUUACUCACGUCAGGGAAAGCUAGCAUAGGUGAUACUGAGCUAGAUGGACCAGUGGGGUCUGACUUGGCAUAUCAGUCAGCUUCCAAUGAGGUAGGGAACUCUCCUUGGUUGGAAGUCUUUGAGACCAAGCUGGAAAAGCCUCUGUUUGGAAUGUGAGGUCAGAGAGACUGGAACACAGGGAUUGCCUUGCUGUUUCAGAAUAAAGUCGGGAGUGCUAUUUCUAGUUUGUUUGGCUUGGCUUCAAAUCAUGAAGGUUCCAUUUAGUGAUUAUGGGUAGCAUCCUCCUUGAAAAAUAUACAGAUCUCUGGUGCCUGCCAUUGGCAAGGCAUGGAAUACUCUCAGAUCUAUAAACUUUUGCCCUUAAGAGCUCUGCCAACUGGCUGCUUGAAAGGGAUGUUUGGGACUGGAUGAAGGAUUGAAGGCCCUCAAGAUGAAACGCAAUACAAUUCAUCAAGCCAGGGGACAAAGCCUCUCCCUUCCAUCCUGCUAGAGCCUGAUGCCACACUGAGAUAGUGCUGCACAGGAUUCCCGGCUCACUUGCUGCAGCAAGCUCCUUACAGGCACCCACAGGGUCAAGAGCAUUGCCCAGAGCCAAUCAGCUUGGCUCUGGACAAUGCUUUUGCUGGCAAAAGCAUAGCCACUGGCCAUGAUCACACAUGCCUUAGUUACAUAAAGGUUGGAUCACUGUAACAUGCUCUAAGUGGGGCUGCCUUUGAAGUGUUUGGAAACUUCUGCUGGUCCAAACUGCGUCAGCUGGAGUCCCAACCAGAGCCAGUUUAUAUUUUAUCACAUUUUUAUUGUUUAUUGUAUUUUGUCCUGGGGAAUUGUUUAAGGGUGGGGUAUAUAGCCGCCUAAAAUAAACAAAAAUAGUAAAAGUUUGGGGAGGAUGCAGCUCUACGGCUGGUGCCAGCUGAUUUGGCUCCUGGACAGAAUCUGAGCUGCAGUUAGCUUUAAAGUCUGAAAUGGGCUAGGCCCUAACCAUAAUGUGAAGCACUGUCUCCUUCCACACCAACCUGUCUGACCACUCAUGGGUAGUAAACAUGAUGCCCUACAGAAUAGAUGCUGCAGGGCUUCUGGGCUUCCCAUUUCGGGCAUCUGGUUGGCCACCAUGAGAACAGUGGGGAACUGGCAUAGCUCAGCAGCAGCACAUUUGCCUUACAUGCAGAAGCUCCAGGUUCAACUCCCAAGGUAUCUUCCAUAGGGCUGGGAAAAGCUCCUUGUCUGAAACCCUGUAGAGCUACUGCCUGUGAGCUUGGACAAUACUGACCUAGGUAGACUAAAAGUCUGUCUUAGUAUAAGGCAGCCUCUUAUAUUCCUAACAGGAUACUAGCCUACACAAGCCACUGGCCUAAUCCAGCAGGCUCUUCCUCUGUAGUACUCCAACUCCCAUCCAGAAGACACGUUAGAUACCCUUGACUGGUGACCUUUGGAGGAGCUGGCUCUUUAUGCCUGCCACCAUUAGAGUUGUAGCUGGUGGGAAUACAGGAGAGUAUGAUGUCAGGGCUGUGGAACUCCCUGUCACAGGAGAUCAGAUUGGCUCCCUUCCUAAUGAGUUUGACGUGCCAGAUUAAAGCAUGGUGGCGAGGAGGUACCGUCACAGCUGAACUGGCUCUGAAAGGGGUGGCUGAUUAUUUAUGCUGCUGAUUAUCAGCUGUUAUGAUUUGUUUUUCUCUUAUCUGCUAUAUGACUUCUGUGUUAACUUAUAUUGACAUUAGCCACUGUGUUACAAGCUGGGAAGGGGGGCGGGGGCGGAUAAACUCUGGAGGAAGCAGAAUAAGUCAUGGACCGUUAUCUCAUUGACUGACAGGACCCAGCCUCCUCUUCAUCACCUAUGCAGAGGCCAUCGCAAACAUGCCUGCCUCCACCUUCUUUGCCAUUAUAUUCUUCCUGAUGUUGAUCACCCUGGGACUGGACAGCACAGUGAGUAAUGGAGCAGUAGAAGGAAAGGUUCUACGUGUGUUAUUGCAGACUUAGUCCACACUUAGCCAAACCAAAUCUGAAGAAUGGAAAUAUUAUCUUUUUGGAUAACCUCAGUUGGCGUUCGUGCUGGAAUGCUGACACUUGACCAGCUAGUAAGAAAACAAUGUUUUCCCCACUUCCUCUGGGGCGGAAUCUAGAGCAGCUUUCCUGAACUUGGUGUCCUCAGUCAGUGAAGCCAUUUUGGACUAAGUCCCAUUAGCCCUAACCAACAAGUUGUGUUGCCAGGGUCUUACUUGGAGUUCUAGCUGGAUCUGGCGGGAGUUUCCCCAAACAUCUGGAGAGCAUCAGGCUGGGGAUGACUGGUCAACACCAAGGAACUGCAUCCUUCCACUUGAGAGGAGGCAGGCAAAAUCAGGGCGUAGCCUCUGGGGUAUGGGCAGAAUGUGAGUUGCCUGGUCUGGCCCUUAGCAUCAGGCUGUGGGGUUAUUCCAUUAGCCUGAAAACAGGUUCAGUUCACCAAGCAAAACACAGAAUUGUUCGGAUCCCUUUGCAAGCUCUAAGAGUUCUGGGGAAGAAGGCAGCUGCCUUUCCUUCACUGACUCCUCUGUGUGCUUUUCCCAGUUUGCAGGCCUAGAAGGGGUGAUCACUGCCGUCCUGGAUGAAUUCCCGCACAUCUGGAGCAAGCGCCGGGAGCUGUUUGUGCUGGGUUUCAUUGUGACCUGCUUCUUGGGUGCGAUGCCGACGCUGACCUUUGUGAGUAGCUCACCUUUCCGUGGCCAGUCAAGCUAUUUGGUAGGGUGAAGAGUGUGUGUGCGUUUGGUGUGCAAUGUGGAUUCCAGGCUUCCCUUUAAUGCCACAGAGGAUGCUGGAGUGCAGCUCUUGGACUGCAAACAAUCGGACGCAAUCCAAGAUUAGUGCUGUUCUCUACAACCCUGCAAGUGAUUUCCUUGAUAGAUUUCUACUAUGCCUUUCCACAGGUUCUGAAUGAUUUUGAUUCAGAUUCCAAAUGCUUUUCCAUGCAGCCUUGAUCAGGGCUGUUUUUAAAACUGAAUGUGUUGUUUCAAAACACUGCUAAUCAGCAAGAGCUGCGUUAAGUGGCAAUAAUGUCUGAGACAUUUGGGGGUGGAGAGUGUUGAAAAGCCCUCCCAGUGCUACAUAACCCAGUUUCCCAAAAGGUUAGGGGUGUCUCAAAUUGCAUGUUGUGGUGCUAUGAUUGGAUGAGACGCCAAGUUGAACUAGAGAUAGUGAAGAAUCUGACAGGGGAGGUGUUACUACCAAGCAUAGAUGGAUCAUUUCAUGAGAAACUUGUAUCACACACAGUGUUUUAUCAGCUAUUGCUCCUUGAUUUGGAAUGCAAAACAGGAGUCCCAGUUCCUGCUGGAGGCACAAUUCCCUUCCCCCUUUUGGGAAAGUCUGACUCCCAAGGGGGAAAAGAAUAGGAACACAAGGGACUGCCCUCAGCUCAAUUGUCAGUCAUUGCCCCUUCAACGUUCUCACCAGGGAGGAAACAGAGAGGCAUCAAUCCCCUACUGGAUUACCUACUGGAUUGCUCACACAUUCCACUCAGCCUAUUCUUAUCUGCAUGGUUGCUGUAUUGUGUGAGGCAAAGGAAGGGAAGUUGGAGAAUCUGGGUCAUCUACACUGUUCAGGAUUAGUCAGGUUGCACAGGUACUGAAGAGAGCAUCAGAUUAAAGUAUAUUACAGGCUUCUGCUCCCUCUCCAAUGAGCUAAUGAGCUCUGUACAAGCAAGUUUUGCCUUCUGGGAACUAGAAAUGAACCUGUUGUUUCCCAUGAUCUUUCUUUCUCUUGCUCUAGGGUGGUGCGUAUGUCGUAAAGCUGCUUGAAGAAUAUGCCACGGGUCCAGCUGUGAUAGCCGUGGUGUUCCUGGAAUCCAUUGCAGUGGCUUGGUUUUACGGUGAGGAUAGCUGCAUGCCGGUGCACUUGCUGAUGAGACUUCUGUGCUCAUGCAAAUGUGUAUUUGAGAGAGCAUCCAUCACAGUUACACUUAAUCACUUUUGAAUGAGCGUAAGAACAUAAAAAGAGCCAGCUGGAUCAGGCCAAAGGCUCUUCUAGUCAUAACUCCUGUUUUCACCAUGGCCAUCCAGAUGCCCCCAAUGCGGACCUGAGCACAACAGCAAAGCUUUACCCUCCCGUGGUUUCCAGCAACUGUUAUUUGCUGCCCACAGCCGUGGAGACAGAGCACAGCCAUCGUGGCUAGUAGCUAUGGUUAGCCUUAUAGUGACUGGAGUAUAAUGCUUUGAAUGUAAGGCAGGGUUUAGAAAGGGAAGACACAUACAUUUCACUGCUUUACUCCUCAAAAGGCAGCCAGUGGGGCAUCUGGGCCUUGCUAGAUCCAUACACCAGGCCCACUGUGGUUGCCUCCAGGCUGUCAGUAUUUUGCAGGAGGGACUCAAGCGCAUACCAGCAAUUUAGGUUUGUGUAAUUCACAGAAUCGUGGAAACACAGAACUGAUUCUAUUCCAUUAUAGAAUUGUAGAGCUGGAAGGAAUCCUGAGGGUCCUCUUGUCCAACCCCCAGCGAUGCAGGAAUCUCAACUAAAGCAUCCAUGACAGAUGGCCAUCCUACCUUUCCUUAAAAACCUCCAAGGAAGGAAGGCCCUGAACCUCCUGAGGGAGUCUGUUCCACUGCUGAACAGCUCUUACUGUCAGAAAGUUCUUCCUGAUUUUAGCUGGAAUCUCCUUCCUUGUAACUUGAAGCCAUUGGUCCGAAUCCUAGGUUCUGGAGCAGGAAAAAACAAGCUUGCUCCAUCUUCCAUGUGACAGAUAUUUGAAGUGCUAUAUAUGCCUUCCUCUCCACGACAGGAGGAGAAAUGACAUCACACAGCGCCUCUCUACUAAUUGUAUUUCUAUGGCCUGAGUAUUUGCCUAUCAGCAAUACAGCUCUGGGGACUUAGCCCCUUCUCAUGCUAACUAGCAAGAAUAUGCCAGUGUGGUGUAGUGGUUAAGAGCAGUAGACUCGUAAUCUGGGGAACCGGGUUCGCGUCUCCGCUCCUCCACAUGCAGCUGCUGGGUGACCUUGGGCUAGUCACACUUCUUGAAGUCUCUCAGCCCCACUCACCUGACAGGGUGUUUGUUGUGGGGGAGGAAGGGAAAGGAGAAUGUUAGCCGCUUUGAGACUCCUUUGGGUAGUGAUAAAGCGGGAUAUCAAAUCCAAACUCUUCUUCUUGUUAGGUUUGGCUGCUAAUCUCUCACACUUACGACCAUGUACAUAUGAGUGAUGAACCACAGCUUAUGUUAGUGUGGAUGCACAUGAGCUCUGAUGUUUCACAGAACUCUUAGGUUAGGACUAAUGGCAGCAGGGUGCUGUGUAGCCUGCAUACUACUGCGUGAAAACCUAAGCUGGCACAAUCAAAGCAAUUACCUUUACUUUUUUAUUCUGCUGAACCUAGUUCAUAGCAACACAUGAGUAACUUGGGCCUCACCCUAUGUUAAUUUUGCAGGUGUCAGCCAGUUCUGCAGUGACGUGAAGGAGAUGCUUGGAUUCAGCCCUGGGUGGUUCUGGAGAAUCUCCUGGGUGGCCAUCAGCCCAAUUUUCCUCCUGGUGAGCCCAUCUGUCCAUACCAACAUGUAAUAAGAAGUUUCUCCACAGUGUGUUUGCAUCAUAAAAGUAAAAUAUUAAACACACAGAGAGACCCCUGUCCUGCACAACAGCCUCUAUGAACACAGCCUUACACUGAGUCACACCACUCGGCCAUCUAGCUCAGUACUGCCUACACGGACUGGCAGUGGCCUUCCAGGGUUUAAAACAGAGGACAUUCCCAGCCCUACCUGGAGAUGCUACUGGGGAUUGAACCUGGAACCUUUUGCAUGCAAAGCAGAUGCUCUACCACUGACUUUAUGGCACUUCUCUCUGACCCUACCACUGACUUGGCAAAGUAACUGCCUCUGGCACAGGUUUGCUGUAUGAUAUCUGUUCCUUCACUUGUUUGGGCAGAGCCUGCUCAAGACAGUUGCUACUUAAAGCAGCAAAUGGCACCUAUGCCCCUCCACUGCCCACUUCCAAGUCAAGGUGCAUGGUACCCAAAGCCAGGCAAGUUAUUUUGGCACCUGAAGCAUUACUAUCUACAAGCGCCUCUUCCUGUCUUUGGCAGUAAAAAUACCACAGUAAGUGAGAUAGCACGUAGGAUAGCUCAGUCGAUUGAGCAAUAGACUCUUAAUCUCAGGGUCAUCAGUUUGUGCCCCAUAUUGCGUAAAAAUAUUCCCGCACCGCAGGGGGUUGGACUAGAUGACCAUUGUGGUCCCUUCUAACUCUACAGCUCAAUAAUUCUAUGAUUCAAUUUAUUGCCUGUUCAUAGCCCAAAAUCAGCUGCCCAAGGCAUCCACCUCCUUCUACCUAAUGAUAGGGCUGGCCCUACGGGACCGCCUCUCCUGGUAUGCCCCACGGAGGACCUUAAGGUCCAUAAAUAGCAACACCCUAGAGGUCCCGGGCCCUAAGGAAGUUAGAUUAGCCUCAACCAGAGCCAGGGCCUUCUCAACACUGGCUCCGGCCUGGUGGAAUGCUCUGUCUCAUGAGACCAGGGCCCUGCAGGAUCUGAUUUCUUUCUGCAGGGCCUGUAAGACAGAGUUGUUCCACCUGGCCUUUGGCUUAGAAUGAGUUUGAUUCCCUACCCCUCUUUCUUUUUCCUUUCUCCUCCUGUGAAGAGGCUGCAUACUAAUGUUUUAAUGUUGUAUCUUAAUCUUUUAAAUUGUAUUUUAAUCAACUUGUUUUUAUUAUUGGUUGUUAGCCACCCUGAGCCCGGUCUUGGCUGGGGAGGGCGGGGUACAAAUUAUUAUUAUUAUUAUUAUUAUUAUUAUUAUUAUUAUGCGUAGUAGUUGUGUCCUGUUCCCUAUUGUUCUCUGCACUAUUGCUCUUUCGGGUCAUUACACUAGUUUCAGGAAAUUACAUUAAAGCACUAAUUGUGCAAUUGUUUUAAGUAGUUUUUUUUAAGAGAGAGAACUAAUCUCUCUGAACAAAUGCAUUUUUAAAAAAUCUAAUAGUGGGAAUGAGGGUGAAUUGGAGGAGCAUAAAAAUUAACUCCCACCUUCAGGAGACACUCAGAUAAACUUCAACAAAAGUAGAUGGCAUCCUUUGCAAAAAAUUAAGAUUAAAAUUAAAGGGCGUAAGCAGGAGCCCCUGCCCCUGCUUUGGCAGAGCUAUUUCUGGCACUAUUAAAUGAAGGCUUAAUCCCGUUCCUAAAUUAACUCAGCCAGCCUUUUCAGUGAAGUCAGCACUCAGCAUCUGGCAAGAAAGGAGAGGUUUAGUGGCAAAAAUUGAUGGCAAAAAGUGGCUAACAAAUCUUGUGUUGUUGUAAGCCACUUCAGAUGGGCAUUAUCCAGAAAAGAGGCAUAUAAAUAUUUCAAAAUAAAAUAAUGCAGGGAGGCCAGCCUGAUCUAUACCUAUUCUCCCCACCUCCCCUCUGCUUCUUUGACAUACAUCUCUAUUUGCAAUAUACUUUUUUAUACAUACAAUCCCCAAAUAUUGCAUAUAAGCAAACAGAAUGCUGGGAACAGUGGGUAAAAAUGGUCACAUUUGCAUGCCUAUUGCUUCUUCCAGUGGGGCUUGUGCCCCCGCAGCCAGAUCUAGCAGCCCUAUUCAGAAUCACAGUAGAAUUGGAAGGGCCCCCGAGGGUCAUCUAGUUCAACCCCCUGCAAUGCAGGAAUCUCAACAUGUAGUCCCCCAUCCAAUCUGAAACCAUACCAGACCCUGCUUAGCUUUACAACUGUGCUAGCAGUUUUAUUGCUGAGACCCAUGGGUGACUUCUCAAUGGAGCUCCCAAUCUGCUAUCUCAUGGUAGAGAUGCCUCCCUCUGCCAGAGCCCCAUUUCCUGUGAGUUUAAUGUUUGGCUUUUCUCCAGUUUAUCAUUUGCAGCUUCAUGUCAAGUCCUCCAGAACUCCGCCUCUUUGACUAUACUUAUCCUUACUGGACUGUGGUGUUGGGCUACUGUAUCGGGACCUCGUCCUUCAUUUGCAUUCCCACCUACAUGGUCUAUCGGUUGGCAACCACACCAGGGACACUUAAAGAGGUAGGUGACCAUAAGAAGAGCCUGACUUCUGGAUCAGACCAAUGGCGCAUCUAGUCCAGUAUCCACUCCUCCAUAGCUAAGGCUAAGUCCUUGGGGUGAACCCUCUGUAUCAGAGCUUUCCAAACUUUUCAUGUUGGGGACACACUUUUCAGACAUGUAUCAAUUCGCGACACAGUACAGUGGUACCUCGGGUUACAUACGCUUCAGGUUACAGACUCCGCUAACCCAGAAAUAGUACCUUGGGUUAAAAACUUUGCUUCAGGAUGAGAACAGAAAUCGUGCUGCGGCGGCACGGCAGCAGCAGGAGGCCCCAUUAGCUAAAAUGGUCUUCAGGUGAAGAACAGUUUCAGGUUAAGUACGGACCUCCGGGACGAAUUAAGUACUUAACCCGAGGUACCACUGUAAUUCAGUUUUACUAGCAAACCCAGGAGGAGCACAUGGAACAUUUGUGCUACACACUGCAGCCAACACACUAAUGUGUCGCGACCCACAGUUUGGAAAGCUCUGCUCUAGAUCCAACUCUAUAUCUCAGUCUUCACCAACCUGCUGCCCCCCAGAUGUUGUUGUUCCUAUGAGACCCAGCCAAGAUGACUGGUGGUCAGGGAUUAUGAGAACUGCAGUCCAACAACACGUGGAGGGUACCAAGUCAAUGAAGGCUGCUCUACCACUUCCUCAUCUUUUCUUUUAAAAAACUGUUUCUUUACAGUUAGUGAGUUUUAAAGAUAAGCGAUGUAGACCGGGGCACAUUGUCCCUGCUUGAUUAUAAACUGAAAGCGGGUGGGGUUUCCUCCAAUGGAAACUUAUAGGACUGCACUGAGCAAUGUGGCCCUGCCUGUGGAUUGAGUGGAAGGAGUAACUCUUCUCAGCACAGCCGGCAUCGAAUAAACAUUCAUGGCAAGCUCAGUGCUUCGUCUGGGCAUUUUCCAACGUCAUCUUUUAGUUCUUGCCCUGCCUGGUGGGAUAUUCUAACAUCUCCUGUUAUGUCUCUGAACAUCUAUCAUAUGGCAAACACAGGAAUUGUAUCCUAUGCGAGUCAUACUCCAGAACAGACUGCUUGAAAUUAAUGGGCAUGACUAACCUUGGUCCAUUAUUUUCAAUGUGUCAGCUCUGAGAAGAAAACUUAGUUGUGGGCAAAACAGCCAAAACAGCCUAGAAAAAAUAUGGGUGAUCUUGGAUACAUGGGCCAAUAUAGAAAAAGUCUGGCUCACGGCAUCAGUCAUCUGAAGCCAUUUGCUCUGUAAAUUCCUGUUCUUGUGCCCACUGGGAUUGGAAGGCAGGGAGCCCAGCAGUAGGUGCAGCCAGAGCCGAUGGCAGGCAGAGGCAACUAACUCAUAUUUUGUCCCCUUGCUCCCUACUGAGUUCUACAAGAGGCAACACUGAGACAGAGGAGGAUCAGGAAGCUGUCACACAGCUCCAUCCCCUGGACUGGUUUUAAGAAGGCUGGCUGAGAACAGACCGAGGUUGGUGGGGCAGUGCCCUAUUUCCCCAAGUGGACCAGCCUCCGCCAGUGGCACCCUUUGCUCCUUGGAUAUGCUCUUGUCCCACCUGAAACCAGUUUCCUGCUAUCUCCCUAACAUUCUGUUUCUUUUCUCCUUCCUCCACAGCGUAUUCUAAAAAGCAUUACUCCAGAAACAGCCACAGAGAUUCCCUUUGGUGACAUCUGUAUGAAUGCUGCCUAAACAGCUGUUAGUGGGAGGGGGGGAGGGGGCUUCACUAGCUCCUUGACUCUCUUGUUGCUUUGAAGCUCCUUCCCAAAGAACUGAAUUUCCACUGAGAAGUAUGUUUGUGACAAGAGGCAGAAGUGUGGUGACAAAAGAUUAGGGCCGCCGAUCGUCUGAAACUAAAGACUGGCUGCACUCCUUAGCACCAGGCUCUCUUCUGAGUUUCGAUUCACUGCACUGGUUUUUUUGUUUUGGAAACAUGAGGAUGUGCUCAAGUGUGAAUGAGUAUCCGUUACUCCAUCCAUGGUGGGUGGGGCAAGGGGCCAUCUGAAUGCAUGCAUGGUUUACUCAAGCCUCUUGUCAGGACAACUGUCGCGAUUUAGGAUUAUAUUUAGAACCCAUCUGUCUGUGCCAACACACCUGUUAUCACUCUCAAUGUGAUCCUCUGUAAUAGAACCUGUUGUAUAUGCUUCUAGGGACCUCACUGUUUUCAACCUAGCUGAAGAAAUAUGGGAACUCACCCAGCCCAACCCAAUGCAUUUUACAAAAUUAAUAUGCAGACAAAGUUUCAUGGUUUGAAUGGGGCCUCUGCUCAACACCUGGAAGAGAGACGUUACUGAACCCCCCUAUGCAAGUAUUGAGCUUGUAUAGAACUGCGGGUCUUCUGGAGUUCUGCUAGACUUGCUGCAGAAGGAAGGAAGGAAAGUGUAUCUACCUGUAAAGAUUUUGGGGGGGACGACCCCCACUAGGUAUCUCAAAAAAAAUAGCAUAUCAGAAGAGAAAGAAAGACCCUUUUAUCUGAUAAGCUAUCUAUAUGCAGGGAUUAUGUGCUUUAGAUAAACAGAGGAGCAUUCAGACAUGAAACCUACACCGAAGUGGUACAGACCUGCAACAACUGCACCACAUGACCCUGCUAAUUCUGUACCUGGUCCUAAGAAGGGGCUCAAUCUCAGCUGAGGUGGUGAAGCCAUCCAGUGCUGGCUGUGGGGUGGAGUGGUCUGCUCACUGCCACCUGCUGCAAGACAUUUCGGAAGACUGUUAAAUCGUCACCUUGCCACACUACAUUGGUGUUCAAAUGUAUGCUGGGGUUCACCACCUGCAUUGCUCCCCCAGCUGUUCACCCACCCACCACUCCAGGUGCAAGUGUACAGGAAUGCAUUUUUGCCACCAUACAGGUGUAUCUUUUUACCUAUAGCGCUAUGUGCUCGUUAUAGCAGUCUAAUGCAUUCAGGGAGCAAAUAUUCCCAUAGCCUAGUGUAGCCACACAUAGAGGACUACUUAUUAAGAAGUGUCCUAACUGGGUUUUUUUUUUUAAUGGAGUGGGCACAGAGCUGUUCAUUAUAUGCAACCACUCUAUAGGAGCUGUGCUCCACUGCAGCUCUGCAUCGGGAGACAUGGAAGGCAGUGACAAGUGAGGCUCUCACUUUUGAAAGCCUCUUUUAUGAGCGCUGAACUCCAAACUUAGAAAGCUGGCAGAGGCACUAAACUUGUAUGUUUACUGCUGUUGCAAAAACAACAGGUGUAACUAGCUGGAAGACUGAGCUACACUAAACAAACACAGUGCUGAGAUUACAAUUUAUUAGGCCUUUUGACAGAUGCUGCUGUUCUGAACACACCUACCCACGGAGUCAUUAAUUGUUCCAAAGAAAACAGUAUUAAAUCAAUUUCUGGUACAUGGAAGUAACCCACCAAGUGUUUCUGCUGCACAGGCCACAUUAAAACAAUUGGGACCUGCGCAAGAGUUUGGCUUGGGCGCUUAUUUAGGCAACUGUGUGAAUUGGGACCAUGUUUACCUUUUUGUAUGGAGAAAUUAAAACUGGAGUUUUAUUUUACAAAACUAAAGCAUUCCUCUCUUAACUUGUAUAUAAAUGCACCUGUAUUAAUUUAUGCUGCUGCUGCUUUGGUUAUAUUGAAUGUCCCAAGCUGGAUUGUAUGUCAUCAGUAUGUGCCUUGCGAUGUAAACUGUUACUGUAAUAAAUUUAAUAUCAUAAUAAAAUGACAGUUGUAUCCCCC